ACCAAGAACCACCGUGUCUUUGACAACGUUCGACAGCGCCAUACACCGAAAGACGCACUAAGGAAAAGAACAUUGUAUCUUGCCGCCACUCUCCUUCGGCCUAGAGAGUUCGAUAGCACAUCAAACGGUCCGAGCAUCGACAUGAACACCUUCGAUAUGGGCGCAUAGCCCACAGCCUUGCUCUGCAAGUAGGUGUCUGCAGACUUUUGACGCGGAGCCUCAAGUAAAGGCCAACUUUUUGUUUUCCCACCAGACGGCCUUGGCCAUGGUCUUUGGGGUGAUACAACGACAGGUCCAGCGUUUCAAGCACCAUGUCCACCGACCCAAAGGCCAUUCGUCGCUAUCAAGCAGGUGUUGAAAGAGCACUCGGGCUUUUUGAUGCCUCAAACGAAUGGGCCGAUUACAUCGCUUUCCUGAGCCGACUCGGAAAAGCUCUUCAAGCAUCUCCGCCUGGUGCGGCCGUCCCAUUCAAACCAACCCUGGCGAAAUACCUGGCACUCUGCCUUAAGCCCUCUCUACCUUCUGGAGUCCAUCAAAAGGCCCUAGAAGUCUACAACUUUGUCUUCACUCUGCUUGGGAAGGAUGGCUUAUCUCGCGAUCUCGCUAUUUGGUUGCCAGGUGUCUCACAUACCCUCACCUUUGCUUCGUUGACCACGAGACCGCUUUUCCUCAACCUAUAUGAUGAACACCUUCUAAGAUUGCCCAGCCACGUGUUGAGGCCUGCACUUAGAGCUAUCGUCCUAUCCCUCCUUCCGGGGCUGGAAGAGGAAACUAGUGAAGAUUUCGACCAUACAUUGAAUACAGUCAACCGUCUUCGACAAAUCUUUGCCCAGGAUGACGCAGAGGAGUUCUUUUGGCAGAGCUUAUUCCUGGCUUCCAUCACUAGUGUUAGCAAAAGACCUGGAGCCCUGGUCUACCUCACAAGACAGUUGCCACGACUAGGACCCAAGCCUGUACAAUCAUCAACACUACAAACGACAGAUGGCAAACCAUCUGGAGUCUUUCGCGAGGAGAUAAGAGCGGUAACAACACCCGAGCCCGGCUUACUUGUUCGCUGCUUUGCUACUGGCCUUCAGGAUGAGCAGCCACUUGUUCAACGCGGAUUCCUUGAUCUUCUGGUCUCCCAUCUUCCCCUCAACGCUGGAGUACUGCAGGAUCUUGUUUCUCCAGGAGAUUUGGACGUUCUUGUGAGUUCAGCAAUGUCUGUCGUGCUCAGAAGGGAUAUGAGUCUGAAUAGGCGCCUGUGGACGUGGUUUGUCGGCAGAGAGGACAAGCGAGAGGGCUCCAUGGACAUUACCCAUGAAACGACACCCGAGUCAGCUCUGCCAGCGAAACAAAGCGCACCGCCAUCGAAUAGGCAUGAAUACUUUGCGGCCUAUGGACUGGAGUCUGUGACCAGAAGCCUUCAAAGUAUGUUGAGAAAGCAAUCUAUUUCGCCAGUCGACCGGGCUCGGCCAUUUCGGAUCUUACUCUCUCUAAUGGAUCGCUGGAUCAUUGGCAGACUUUCGGUGGAAGCUUUAUUCAUUCCAAUCAUACGAGAUCUGCAACAGUACCAGACGACGGCGCCGUCACAAGCAUCUUUUGAUGAGGUCUUCCGAAGCGCAAAUGUCUUCUUUGACGCAAUAGAGCCUCAAGUCACCGGUGGGCAGUUAUUUCGAUUGCUGAAAGUGAGAGAUCUGGACCUCAUCGAAUUCAUCAUUGCAAAUUUCAACCUCCACGAGGAAGAAAUGAUGACAACUCAUGUGCCUAUGCUAUGCCUGGCAAUCUCGGAUUGGAUCCUGGCACAAUGGGCUACAGGUUCGCAGGAUCUUGUCCAAAUAGGGGUCAAUGGUGCGCAUGAGCAACGACUUUUCCACCUUCUUGAUGCCUUUCUCAGCUUGUCACCUGUUAGGCCCAGCGAUGGCCCUGUCGAGUCGCUAGAAAACGUGCCAACAGAGGGAUGGAUGGAAAGACUCAGUGCAGUAUAUGAAAAAUCUUCCCAGACCAAGAAGACGUUGCUUGACACGGUCCGCCCGAAUAUUGCAGUACAGCUCCUGCUCAGGAACGUUACUGUGAUCAUUCUUGACUGCAUGAGGCUCGAAGACCGGCAGAAUGCCUUGGGACCUUUGGUCAAUGUUCUGGCAAAGAUCAUUUCCAGAACUAGUUCACUAGAGGUACUUCGACAGCUAGACCUGGGAGAUCACCUACAUGCAGCUUUGACAUCUAUGCAUGCAAACACGACAGCCUUCAAGUAUGAAGUCGCGAGGACAGUCACGAGAGUGGUCGAUACUGUUCAUGCUUUUGAUUCUUCCAAAGUCACUCUGACAGAUCAACAUCUCUUUGGCCUCAUUCCCGAACUGGUAUACCAAUUCUGGGAUGUCCUCCUUCCUCGCACCCCUCAAUUCCACGUCGAAGCUGUAGAGCAGAUCUGGAAUCUCCGCCCAAUCUCAGGGCAUCUGUUGCUGGUCGAUAGCAAAAUCAUGGACUUGAUGUGCGCAGAGUCGCAAGGGCAUCUUCCAGAUCAAAUUUCACGCUUUCAGACCUUAUGGAACCACACUCGUUUUCCGGAAGUCAACGCAGAACUCUUCUCUGCAAAUCAUCGCAUAGAAGAUGACGAGGUUCCGUGGGCUAUGCUGCGGCAUCCCGUGCUUAGCAUCGUAGACGGCUUGGAACUGUCGCAAACAGACGAUCCACGCCGAACGUGGCUCAGCAAUCUCUCAACAAUACUCCCGGUAUGCCGCAUCAUCUUCAGUGAACAUGCAGGAGUGUCGGAUACUCAGUUAUCUUUGAUCGGUCUUCAUCGUCUUCACAAAGCUGUGAUCAUUGCACGUCAGAACAGCACACAUCGAAAGGAAAUGUUUGAUCCCAACGGCUUCUGCGCAAUGCUUCUUGAUAUGUGUAUCGAGAACAUUGCUUCAGAGCCGAUCAAUAACGAGGCUUUCAAGAUGACACUAUGGAUUUUGCGCAUAAUAAUUGAAGAGACCGCUCUCACGCGGACGGAUACUUUGGUGAAUCUUCUGCUACUGCAAUUGAACAAGGUCGUAAUGGACAGUCAUGUUCAGGAGAACGUUCUUGACACGUUGCAAGUCAUUUUUGCGAAAUUGAAGUCGGAGCCUCCGCCCACCGAAUUAAUGACAAUCUUGAUAUCAGGCAUAUCUGCGGCCACCGUUGAUGCAACGCUUGAGAAAUGGAUCACGCUUCUUUGCAACAUAAUACCACUAUACUCUACCCAACAACUGUUCGCAAAUAUGCUCAAGUUGACGGCUUGCUUUUGCCAGCGUAUCAAGUCUUAUUUCGAAACCUUGCAACGUUUGUGCGAAAAGCCGACGACAGCGGUUGAGUUCGAUGGUGUGAAUGCUGCCUUGUUGUCCAAGAAUCCGGAGAGAUCAAUCAAUAAUCUACUCGCAGGGCUAGAGUACAUUUUGGCAAGAGCACAUACUCAUUUGGCAGACCACAUUCCAGGGACCGAGCAGCCUAUUGCCAGUACCGCAGAGCUUUCGCAGUCACGCUCAGUCGCCAACAACCGACUGACUGUUGUCUUGUGUAUGCAGGAUACGAUAAAACUCUGCGGAGACAUUUGGGCAUGGAGGAUUCAGAAAAGGCCAGCCAACGCCAUAAUAGACAACAAGUCCUUCGCUUACCUGUCUUCAAGGCUACGUACAAGAACAAGAAGGAUUCUAGAGCACUUGGCCGAUGCCGAGCCGCAAGAGUGUCUCGAAACAUUGAUGGGAAUGUGGGUGACCGCAGCUUCUGGAGAAUAUGAUCAAGACGUUACAUUAAAUUUGAUGCAAAGUCUUGAUGGGGCUCGACCGAAGUUCAUGAUGCCAGCAACGUUCAAUGCGAUCUACAACCGGACCAAUCCGUCGGCUCUUGAUCAAUCUCAGAAGUCGAGUUUGUCCGUCGAUGUCACUGCGUUUGAGCUGAUGUCGUUCCUGAUAGCGUACACCAGAGCGCUAGAAGAUGACCUGUUGGAGGAGAUUUGGACCGACUGCACGGCGUUUCUUCGAGAAGUUCUGGCAAACCCAAUGCCACAUCGUCAGAUCUUGCUCAAGCUGUUACAAUUCGUGGCUGUCGUCUGCCAAAAGAUGGAGAACACCAACUUUGGCGAAGUGUCCAAGAUGCGGCGUGAACUUGCCGACUUAUGCGCGCGGCUGUUUACAGCGAUUUUCACCAUUCGACCUGCCGGACUUGACUCGACGGCACAAAGAAUAUCAGACGCAACGGCGGUACCAGCGACACCUGGCAGUCGAAAGUCUGAGGUGCCAGGGGGUAACGCCAUACGAAUUCUUUGCGACUCUCUGCCUACAAUCGGCAAUGCGUUAGGGGAUCUUGAUAGGCUAAACAACACGCUUUCCGGAAUCGCUCUACACAUUACUGGCCCUGCUUUGCGGUCGAAGCAGUUCCCUCAGACGGUGGAUAAUGACAUUUUACGGCUAGUCCUGCUCAUGGCUAAGUCCCAACUAAACAACAAGACGUGGAAGAAGGAUCUGCUCGAGGUUUUCAACCACGAAAAGUUCUUUCAGUCGCCUGCUUCCAUUGCAGAGGAGGGCUGGAUUCCACUUCUGAAGCAAGUCUGUCUGUCUGACAAGGGACUUGUGACCGACCUUGUCUCGAGAUUGACACCGCCAACCACAGCAGGUAUAGUAUUUGGAGUUGGUGCUACUGCUGCACGCACAGAGGCUGACCGAAGAACGCAAUUGACAUUGAGGCGCAUUGCCCUAUUACUGAUAGCAUGUGAUCGGGACACCUUCGUGUCUGACUUGGUUCAAAUCAUCCGAAAGUUGGAAGAACUUUUGACAGCAACGCCGUCUUCUUCGCCCUCAUCAAACACACGCGCAGACAUAUAUAUUGUGCUUCGGGCGAUGGCGUUGGCAUUCUCCCAAUUCCACCUUGUAUCGGUGUGGCCUAUUGUUGACGCAGAGCUUCGUGAUCUAUUCACCAGCAUUCAGAAGGCAGAAGAGUCGACAUUUACUGGCUACUCACAAUUACAAGGAGCCAAGCUUCUAGAUCUUCUCCUCCUCUUGAAACCAGAAGAAUUCCAGCUGCACGAAUGGUUGUUCGUGACCGACACCGUUGACGCGGUGUACCCACCAGAGAAUUUCAAGUCAGCUGCCAUAGCGGAUCUGAUUGCAUUGACCAAGGGGGAAAAGGAGAUUGAGCUCCCGAGUGUAUCUGAUGAUGAAGCUAGACGGCCCUGGCUCUGCACUGACAUGAGUCGACGGAUGGACAACCCCGAGGCACUACUGCGCCCUUUCUUCCGUCAACUGAGCAUUCACGCCUUCGAAGAUACGUACAGUCUCCAGGCUGUGGAUCUCGAAGCGUGUAGAAGCGACCUGCUGGCGGACUUAUUUGUUGACUGAGAUGACCACGAUGAUAGGCAAAGAUAGAUCACUUGUCAAGCAAUCUCAUAGAGAUGAUACCCAAACGUGGAAGGCACCUGGUGAUUUUAGACAUAGCGAGCACCUAAGUAUAUACUGUGCAUGAGGGCCUACGAGCACCCUUAAAGUGGUC